AUGCGGACGGCCCUGUCGCCGAUCCUGAUACCUCUACGAUGUUCCAGUUUUAGCCGACCGCACACCUCGCUCCGGUGCAGCCUCACAGUUCCGCUCCUACAUCGUCAAGAUAUCCAUGACUUAACGACCACCUCCAGUCCAUCGUGGAGCCUUAAAGACUUAUCGCGAGUCUCCGAAGCGAGGUCUGCCUUGAUAUUUCAUUUGCAUUCGGACAGUCCUUACCACAACCUCUCCAUUGAGCAUUACCUGCUCACGCACUCUCAUCCCCGAUCGAAAAUCCUCUUGUUCUAUACCAACCGACCGUGCGUUGUCAUUGGUCGAAACCAGAACCCAUGGCUAGAAACAGAUCUCAAGAGGCUCCAGGAUGGACUAUUAUCUGAAGAGCAUGGUCCGACUUUCCAAAUUGAAAAUGGUCCACCUGUACCCAUCGACCUCGUCCGCCGUCGCAGCGGAGGUGGUACCGUCUUCCACGAUUGGGGCAACCUAAACUACUCUGUGAUUGUACCCAAUUCGAAAUCUUUCAAACGCAGCACCCAUGCUGAGAUGGUAGUCCGCGCCCUGUCCCCCUUGUCCUCACCCACGCCUGUGCCGUACGAUUUCGACGAAAUUCGAGUUAACGGUCGGAAUGACAUUGUGAUGAAGCGCCAGGAAAAGAGGGAGUGGCUGAAGAUCAGCGGCAGCGCAUAUAAACUUACAAGAGGUCGAGCCUUGCACCACGGCACACUGCUGUACGCGAGUCCGUACAUCAAGAGGAUCUCCGAGCUACUCAGGAGUCCAGGCCGAGACUUCAUCCAAGCAAAAGGCGUCGAAAGCGUGCGGAGCAAAGUCGGUAACCUCACUUCAACCGUCUCCUCGCAGGAAAGGCCAAAGCUGAAGAAAGAAAUCACUGAGGCCAUCGCCCGCGAAUUCUGGAAUAUGUACGGUGACAAUCAGACACGCCACACUGGGCUCAAUGAGGUCACAUUGGGACCCGAGGAACGCGAAGUCGGCGGAAACCCCGAAAUUGCAGCGGGCGUCAGGGAACUGAGGUCCAACGCAUGGCGGUUUAUGCAAACUCCACGCUUCUCGUUCUCCAGCGGUGUCCUCGACGGUGCGGAAGUAAGCUUCCAGGCCCACCAUGGCAAUUUGGAGUGCUUGACUCUGAAGCUGACGUCGAAAGAUCCACAAGAAGUGUCCUUCGAAUGGCGGAGGAAUCCUGAAGAUGACGUCAAAUUGAACGAGGUAAAUAGUUGGAAGGAAUUGUUGGACGCCGUGCAGAGAGAAUCAAAAGGAUCUGCUGCCUCGACAUUGUCAGAUUCGACCGUCCAAGUCCCGGACGCCUUGGUCGCAAGGCUCGAGGCCGUAUUCCCGCGUUUUCGCGUAUAG